AUGUUGACGGCUCAAAGUAGGCAGAAGAGUUACGCUGAUGUUGGGCAUAAAGAUCUAGAGUUUGAGGUAGGUGAUAAAGUAUUUCUGAAAGUGGCACCUAUGAAGGAGGUGUUGAGAUUUAGCAAGAAGGGUAAACUGAACCUUUGGUUCAUCGGGCCAUUUGAGAUCCUAGAGCGGAAUGGUCUUGUAGCUUACCGACUGGCCUUGCCACCAUCUCUUUUUGCAGUCCACAAUAUUUUUCAUGUUUCCAUGUUGAGGAUGUACGUAGCAGACUCAUCUCAUGUUGUGGAUUAUGAGCCUUUGCAUUUGAAUGAGAACCUGAGUUACGAAGAGAAGUCUAUUUAA